AUGGUGGUAGAGGGUUCUUCCGAGAUGGCCGACGUGCCUUUUAAGUCGGCACUUCCCCGGAAAAGUGCCUUCUCCUGCGAGGCUUGUCGCAAGCGCAAGGUCAAGUGCAACGGAGCUAGCCCGUCAUGUUCACGCUGCGCGGCGAGGGGUGAGACGUGUGUGUAUAGCUUGGCGCCAACCUUGUCUUAUACCAAGCAAUUGGAAACAAGGGUUGCUCAGCUCGAAGAUGCUCUGUCGAAGCUGCGUGGUCGGCAUACCGAAGCAGAGGCUCGCAAGGGUAGCUCUCCUGCGUCGGUGGCCGAGUCCAGCUCGAGUGCGGGUCGUCGAAUUAAAACGGAACUCGACGACGCGCAGGAUCUUGCUCGGGAAUUUGAUGGCUUGAAUGUCGAAAAUGACGGUCGCAUCUCUUUCCACGGUCCCACCAGUUUGUUCCAGCUCCCGAGCGGAGUGGCUAGUGAGACCGCGUCGACGUCGCAAUACGCCCAGGAACUAGAGGCUCGCAAGGAGCGACUCGUCAAUAAUGCCUGGCGGGAGCGGGCAUUCGAACAGAUGGCUGUGAUGCCGGAACCUUUCCAAUACCUCCUCGAUUCCCAUUGGUGCUGGAUUCAGCCAUUGUUCAACUUCGUCUAUCGCCCUGCAUUUACGCGUGAUAUGAAGAUCAAUGGCCCUUACUAUUCUGAUGUCCUCAUGAACGCCGUGCUGUCUCACUCUGUGCGGUGGUGCAAAGCGGAGCCUCAAGUCGGUCCGCUCCUAGACUCUUAUGAGGGUGGAGCACUGUUCUACCAACGGGCCGUGACGGGGCUUUUCGAUUCGCUGAGAACGGGAUAUGCAGGUAUCCCGACGAUACAGGUCCUGUUGCUACUCAGUGCGCAGGAAUGCGGCCGUGGCAACCGUACGCAGGCAUGGCUCUACAGCGGAAUGGCCUUUCGCAUUUUAGACGAUCUCGGGAUAUCGAUCGACAGUCGGAAAUAUCCCGGAUCGGCACACCUCAGCGACGAAGACAUUGAGAUUCGCAACCGACUCUUUUGGAGUUGUUAUUUCUGGGACAAGAUUAUUUCCCUAUACUUUGGCCGCGCGCCGACUAUGCAGCACUCCCGUGUCAGUCCGCCACGCAUGAUCCUCGAUGAUACAUCCGAGAUCGAGAUUUGGACUCCGCACGGCGUUACCUUCCCGGAUGGCGCACACUACCCGCCCACACAGGCCCACUCAACCACUUGCUUCAUUCAGAUGUGCGGGCUUGCCGAGAUCCUGAACCAGAUCCUGGUUCAUAUUUAUGAUCCGAUGCGUCAGAGCACCGAGGCCGAGUUCUUCGACUGUGUUCAAGAACAAGCCAAAAACCUAGGCGAGUGGUGGGAUGAGCUCCCUGACUAUUUGAGGCUCGUAGCAACAGACCUACCACCGUACUCCCCACCAAGUCAUAUCAUGACUCUGAACUGUUUGUAUCAUACCGUGAAUAUUUUGCUCCACCGUCCCAUCCUCUGCUCUCGCGGUUUAUUGAAGGCACGGCAAGAUGCAUAUGACAAGAGCCAUCUCGUCCAGUGUAUGGCAUCGGCCACGACUAUCCUAUCACUAUAUGACCUUUACCGCCGUACCUUUGGCGACAACCACGUCGUGCUCUCCCUCGCAUACAGCAUUUACACGGCAGCCUCGAUCUUCCUCCUCGAAAUUCAGGCCUUGAAAUAUGCCGCACCAGGAACCCUAGACAAGCUCAAAUUCUGCAUCCUCGCCCUAGAACGAGUCAAGCUGUCUAACCCAGUCAUCACGACAGCCCUCAACCUCGUCUAUCAAGAGCUCCAGAAACUCCAAAUUGACAUCAACAUUCCCACGGGAUCCCAGCCCGAAAACCCUCAAACUUAUACCCAACCCUCCCAUCCACCCCACGCAAGUCAAUCCCCGGCGAGCAGCAAUCCGUCACGCCACGUCUCGCCAGGUAUUCACCACCAACGCCAACAGAGCAGAGCAACAUUGAGCGCACAGGGGACGCCGGCGCCAAAUCCAUCAACCUCCUUGCUACCGGGCUUCACCUUCCAACAACCUGUCAGCAACUUUAAUCUCUCCCAGAUGAGUGACGUACCGCAGAUGCCCCCAACACACCUCCUCGGCGGUAUGCCCCACGCCGUGAUGACGGUAGAUGACCCAGGCUCGUACGAGAUCACGCCCGAGGUGUUCGAGGCAUUCUCCUAUGCGCAGCCUCUUACAGCAAAUAUGGCGCCCUUUGACACGAAUUGGAGUGGAGGGCAACGAUGA